AUGGAGCUGAACAACCUCAAUGUUGAAUUGCAACGCUUGGGUGAGAAUACAUCCGCUUUAGAUGAGGGCACCAUUCAGAACAUAGUUCAAGCUCUGCAGAAGUGCGAAUCAACACUACUUGAUACUCUGAAGACCAAGCGCUUGGCUGAAACAGAAGAUCAAGUGGGCAUCAAGCAAGCAUCCGGCAAAGAUACAGCCAUCAUCAUACCUUCCAAGGUACUCGAUUCGGUAUGUCUCUCUAGAUUUUUGACGGUUCAGGAAUGUGGCCGUGUAUUAUUGUUGGUCUCGAAAUCCAUGCUGCAUUGCUAUGGAGAAAAUCAUGCCUGGGAAGUUCUGUGCUCGCAACAGUGGAGGAAUACAUUCAGCAUACCAGACUCAAUUGUAAUACAACGAGGAUACAAUUGGAUCUUUCGCCAACUUUCUGGGCCGCAUAGCUUUGCGUGGCCUAUCUCAGAACCUUCCCUAACAUUCGAGACAAGCACUCUGUUGGUAUCCAUUCAAAAUUCCGAUGAGAACGAAGUUGUAUCCGUUGCACUACAGAACCAGCAGCUGAAAAAGUUCCUCACAAAAGGCGAGCUGAAUAUUACGCUGGACGACAAAGUCACCGUGGGCAAGUUUCCAAUAUCAGACGACGGGGAACUAGACUUUGUAGUCCAACGAGUGGCCAACUGGAAAGCAUCUCUCGUGCUGUUUCGAACGGACAAGGCCGAAUGCGCUCACAUACAUCACACGCAGUCAUGCUGCUGGGGAGAAUACGACUACAUGGACGAUCCAAACAUUGAAGAUGAAUAUCAAGAGGAAAAGGUUACGAUGGAAAAGGUUGGAUUUAGCAACACUGUCACGACUGUACCACGUCCAAAGGUUGACACUAAAUUACCUCCAUUGGAAGUUGAUAUGGGGUAUUUGGAAUUUUCUUCCAGCACUGGCCUUAAUAUGACACGAAGAGGAACGAUACUGGAGGAUCGCAUACGAGCUUGCAGUGUAGACGACCCGUACGUUUGCAUCAAGAUAGAACCUACAUUGAUAUGCCACACACAAGACUAUUGCGAAUCAUCCAAAUCUAUCGACCUAACAUCUACCGAGCUACGCCUUGACAUUUGGAAGCAGUAUGCAAGCGGGGCAGCAGAGUUGUAUCAUAGUGCCAAUGAAUCGAAGAAACAUGGCGUUACCCUGUUGCACUUAUUGGAUGCGAUGCAAGAUUGGCAAUGA